UUAAACGUCUUUUAUUCACAGAGAAACUUAUAUAGUUACCUAGUUAAUCUUCGUUCCUAUUAAAAACAAACUUACGUAUUUCAAGAUGGCGGCCGAUUUAAACAACCUGCCAAACUACGACUGGGUUUACGGUGGCGAGGCGGGAACGGACACCUACAUUCCCGGCAAAGAGAACGGCCAACUCCCGAUCUAUCCGGGCGAUUACCCAGACUUUCCCGACAAUGGUUCUUUAUUGUCGCCGGGCAUCGGGCGUAUGAAUUGCUCAGGUCGUGAAAGUUUCUACCCCGACGUGAUGGAGUCGUACCCCUCAAGUCAAAUAGUGGUACCAAUUGUUUACUGCAUCAUGUGUCUAAUCGGAUUAAUCGGCAACGGCCUGGUGAUGUUUGUUAUCUUCGGGAGCAAGGAAAUGACAAAAACCGUGGCAAAUAUUUACGUGUGGAAUCUUACAGUGGCAGACACCUUGCUGUUGGUUUCACUCCCUUUUAAUUCGACCCAAAGGCUCUUACUGAACUGGCCUUUUGGUUCAGGAAUGUGCAAGAUCGUGGAAACCGUCAAGUAUUUGAACUACUUCGCCAGCGUAUUCUUCUUGACAGCGAUGUCCAUCGACCGUUACAUUGCUGUGGCAUAUGUUGUUACUUCAGGGAGGUGGCGAACCAGUCGGAACACUUUCUUUGUAUGUGCUGCGAUUUGGAUGGUCUCUCUCGUGAUAGUGAUACCACUGCUUAUCCACACAAAGAUUCAUGGAGGAAUGUGUGCCCUUGUGUUCAACAUUCAAGAGAACAACGAUUCUUGGGACAUGCUACCAGAUGAAGAAGUCGUGUAUGAUUAUGGAGAUUACUACGACUGUAAUCUGGUCACUGCAGAAGACUUGGCAAUGAUAGAAAAUCUAAAACGAAGAAUUAGCGAAGAGGAAAGUUCUGGAGAAAAUGAUAACACCACAAUGCUGAUGCAACAGAUUGAAGACAAAGAGAAAAAGCUAGCAGAUGAUGAAAAGCUUAAUUGCAAACACCCGGAUUCAAAGACCUUUCACGCCGUGAUCAUUUUCACGUUUGUGAUAGGCUUCGUGAUACCUUUCAUCAUAAUAUCUGCAUGUUAUAUCAUGAUUAUAGUGAAAUUGCAGCAACCUUCAGGGGCUAAAACAAGAUCAAGACAGGCGGAAAGAACCCGGCGUAAAAUUACCCGCAUGGUGGUAGCAUUGGUCAUUGCUUUCUUUAUCUGCCGCUUACCUUUCUACGUGUGGCAUUUGGUUCUAAUACCUGGUGUUGACGUCAGCCCCGGUGUGUGUCAUGACGUCAGAGACUUUACGUUCUGCCUGGGAUUUAUAAACAGCUGCCUUAACCCGAUCCUGUACACCUUCCUUGGUCAUAACUUCCAAGAAAGACUUAGAAAGAGCAUCUCAAUAUCGUUGCAUUCGUUUUCGUUUACAAACUUUACCAAGUUUACCACCAACACUGUAAGUCGAGCUGAAACUGCCGCUCAAAGUAAAAAGAUGGACACCAGUCACAUUGAAGUUGAACCUAUAGUAAAAACCACACAGCCUCUCUACCACCCGGUCCGAGAGGAAGAUCUUAUUUUAGCUGGCGAAAAACCCGCCACCAACGGCGCUAACGCCACGCUUCUCGAGGAGCGAGAGAAAUAAAACAGCGCAACCAAGCGGUAAGAAAUAACAAAACUUUCGCCCGCGAGAGGGAGCAAAAAUCACAUUUUUGUUGCUAUGGUAAUACGCUGCACUCGCGGUGGAUAUCUUCACACUGAUUGGUUUUACUAAGAAGACGCAACCCACAAACUCAAGCCAUUUCUUCUCUGUGUACAUAAACAUCAUAUAUCACUAUUGAAGUGUGUAAUAAAAUUUAUUCGUCUCCGCGCGUGCUCCUACAUUAGUAAACAAAGACUCUAAAGGA